AUGCCACCGCUUGCCCCUCCAGAGCACAGUUGCUCGAUGUGUCAGUCGGACGACAACAGUCGGAUGAUCUGUUGUGAUCAGUGUACUAACUGGUUCCAUUUCGACUGUGUCGGGGUGACAGAUGAUAUUGCCAAUCACCCAUGGAUUUGCCCAAGCUGCGUCAAAGCGAAUAUGAUAAACCCCACGGCUGGCUCGACAUCUACGCCAGUACCAUUCAGCGAACCGGUAACAUCAAAGGUACCUGCACCGGCAGCGCCUGCGCUAGCGACCGCUCUACCACCUCCUCCCACACGCCCUGUCCAGCUGUCAGUUGACCUGCAGUUGAAAAUGCUCGAGGAAGAACGAGCGCUAGAGCGAAAAUAUCUGCAGCGUAAAUACCAGUUGAUGAUGGAAGCAUCAGGAACAGCAAGUCAGCCACUACCAGCCUCCCAUUCGAUGCCCGAUGAUAGCUUUCGUAUGCCACCAUGUCACUCAUCCCCGUUACGGCCAGCUCCAUCUACCGCUCCUGAGCUCCACCUCCUUGAAGGCACAGGCGGAGUAAACGAGACAGCAAUGCUGAAUUCCAGCCAGAUUGCAGCUCGUCACGCGGUGGCUAAGGAGCUACCCGUCUACAGCGGCGAACCAGAAGAGUGGCCCCUAUUUAUCGCCACGUACGAAAACACCACUAGGCUAUGCGGAUAUACCCCGGAGGAAAAUAUGGUUCGAUUACAGCGUUGCCUACGUGGAAAAGCACUGGAUGCAGUCAGAUGCCAGUUACUGCACCCGGCAAAUUUGGAACACGCACUCUCUACAUUGAAAAUGCUUUUUGGGCGCCCUGAGAUUAUAGUCCACAGCCUCAUUGAGAAAAUCAACAAAAUUCCGGCACCUAAACCAGACAGGCUCAGUACACUUGUUGAUUUUGCUCUAGCUGUACGGAAUAUGGUUGCCACGGUGAAAGCCUGCAACUUGGAGGAACAUCUUUAUAACAUCACUCUUCUUCAGGGCCUAGUUGAACGACUGCCCACAAUGGUGAAAUUAAACUGGGCUACACACCGCUUACGGCUACCGAGAGUGUCACUAUUAGAGUUCAGUGACUGGCUGUACACUGUUGCAGAAGCAGCCAGUACCGUGACAAUGUCGACCACGUCCCAACAUGCAUACGAAACAAAACCUCGUAGAAGCGGCAAUAGAGAAGAUGGAUUUCUGAGUGUUCAUUCCGAACCACAACAAGGGCUAACAUGGACACAGCAAGUGAAAGUAGGUUGCGUAGUAUGCCGAAGGUCGUGCAACGCAGUGGAAAAUUGCCUAGAAUUUCUGAAUCUGAGCCACUCUGAUCGUUGGGCAGCAUUACGGGACCACAAGCUAUGCAGAACAUGCCUAGGAACUCACCGUGGACCGUGUAGAUCAAACGAUAUCUGCGGCAAGAAUGGAUGCACCUUCAAACACCAUCGCCUGCUUCACAAUGAACGCGCAGGCACGUACUCGGCUACCAGGUCAUCGGCCGAAUCCGAACAGGGUGAAAACCCUUCAACCAACGUCAGUUUCAAUCAGCUUAACUGCAACACACACCGGUGGAACGAAAAAUCGGUACUGUUUCAGUAUAUCCCUGUAGUGCUCCAUCACAAUGGGAACACUGUACACACCUACGCAUUUGUUGAUUGUGGAUCACACAUCACAUUGCUUGAAGAUGAGUUGGCUGCCGACUUGAACCUUCGUGGAGAAAAGCAUCCUCUGUGCAUCCGAUGGACCGCCGAUCAUUGCCGUUUCGAAGACUCGGCAGAACGAGUUUCACUCCACGUGUCCGGAACCGUAAACGAGGACAAUAAAUUCUUGCUAUCAGAGGUGUUCACUGUGAAAGAUCUCAAGCUGCCAGCCCAGACGCUCUCCGUGUCCAAGUUAUGCAGGAAAUACGGUUACCUGAAAGGCUUACCGGUGGAGUCUUAUAACAACAUUCGCCCACGCCUGCUCAUCGGAAUGAACAACAUUCGACUCGGUCACGCUCUGGAUAGUCGAGAGGGCGGUGAAAAUGGACCCAUCGCCACAAAAACUCGAUUGGGAUGGACAAUCUUUGGAACCUGCUUAGAUGAUCACCCCAAGUCAUCUACUGUUCCUCACAGCUUCCACAUUUGCUCCCACUCUACCAAAGCAGACGAGAAUCUGCACGCCGUAGUUAAGAACUACUUUGCCCUAGACAGUAUAGGCAUCACCGCAUCAAGGAAGGAGCUGUUAUCAGUUGACGAUGAACGUGCUCUUAAGAUUCUACAAUCCAACACGCGUCUCGAAAAUGGGCGAUACACGACGAGCCUCCUAUGGAAAUAUGAUGAUGUACGUUUGCCAAACAAUAAACCGAUGGCUCUCCGACGUCACAACUGCCUCGUGAAAAGGAUGAAACGGGAGCCGACUCUGGGCGAAACACUGAAAAACAAAAUAGCCGACUACGUUCGAAAGGGAUAUAUACGCAAGCUUGCACAUCAGGAGAUGCACCAACCUGGUAAUCGUGUUUGGUACCUACCCAUUUUCCCAGUCUUCAACGAAAACAAGCCAGGAAAAGUAAGAAUUGUGUGGGACGCGGCCGCAGCUGUUGGUGGCACAUCCCUCAACUCCGUCCUGUUAAAAGGUCCGGAUCGCUUGGAGCCUCUUCCGUUCGUCCUAUACAAAUUUCGAGAGCGUCGGGUAGCUAUAUGUGGAGACAUCGAAGAAAUGUUCCAUCAGGUCAGGAUGAAUGAGGAGGACCAACAAAGUCAACGAUUCCUCUUCCAGGACAAAGUGGAUGCGACUGAACCUGAUGAAUACGUAAUGACUGUCAUGACGUUUGGAGCCACAUGUUCGCCGAGCAGCGCCAACUUCGUAAUCAACCAAAAUGCAGAACGUUUUGAGGGACAGCUACCAGAAGCAGCCAGGGCGAUUCGCAAGUGCCAUUACGUGGAUGAUAUGUUGGCUAGUGUCGACACCGAAUUCGAAGCCAUUCAGUUAGCAGAAGACGUCCGCUUCAUCCAUCAGCAAGGCGGAUUCAAAAUGAGAGGAUGGAUUUCAAAUUCCCCAACGGUUACGACGGCACUCAACAGUGAAAACUCGCUAGGCAAGAGUUUGGACCUUAACAAGGAGAUCGCCCUGGAAAAGGUGCUGGGAAUGUGGUGGAACACCGACACCGACGAGUUUCAGUUUAAACUAUCGAAAGAGCGACAUGUAGACCUGCUGUCCGGUGCCAAGCAUCCAACAAAGCGGGAGCUACUCAGCAUGCUCAUGUCCGUUUACGAUCCACUAGGCCUGAUUGCCAACUUCCUCAUGCCCCUGAAACUCUUGCUACAGGAGAUUUGGCGGUCAGGUGUAUCCUGGGACGAGCCGAUUGAGUUUCGUCAUAUGCAAAAAUGGAGAGCAUGGCUGAACUAUCUCCCCCAAGCAGGUUCCGUUCGAAUCCCACGAUGCUAUACCAUGGGACGCACAUACGAGAAUUUGAGCAUUGAGCUGCAUACAUUUGUGGAUGCAAGCGAGUUCGGCUACUGUGCUGUGUCGUACCUGCGGUUUGAGCAAGGCGGACAAGUCGAUUGCGUCUUAGUGGGCGCCAAAACAAGGGUGGCUCCCCUGAAAUUUGUUUCAAUACCGCGUCUGGAACUCCAGGCGGCUGUAGUUGGAACCCGACUCGCCAAAAGCAUCCAAGAAGGACAUUCAAUUAGAAUAAUGCAACGCUACUUCUGGACAGAUGCCGCUGAUGUAUUGUGCUGGUUGCGUUCAGACCACCGGACAUACUCACAGUUCGUGGCUUUUCGGAUAAGCGAUAUUCUGGAGUCCAGCGAUAUUAGCGAAUGGAAAUACGUACCAACCAAGGAAAACGUGGCAGACGAAGGCACAAAGAUUCAGCGACAAAUAAGACUUGAUGCAGAAAGUCGAUGGAGAAGAGGACCACCGUUCCUCUGGGGACCGAGAAACAGCUGGCCACUGGAGCCGGUAUCAAAGCAGAUGACCACAUUGGAAAUUCGACCGAGCAUGCUUCAUCACUCCGCAAUGUCGACUCUUGAUUGCCUACAGGCCGACAAGUUCUCCAAUUGGCAUCGUUUGCAACGGAUCACUGCUCUAGUAGCAAGAUUCCCGUUGAACAUAAGGCAAAGAAUUGCAGGAGAGUCACCAGUGACUGGUCCUCUGGCAAGUGCAGAACUUCUACGAGCGGAAAUUGUUCACUAUAAACGUGCACAACGCGACGUCUACUACGAUGAAAUUGCCCUUUUGACAACCUCGGGGACAGGUACAUCCACUCUUCCAAAGGGAAAUCGACUCUAUAAGCUCAAUCCAAUAAUCGACGAUGACGGAGUGCUCCGCAUCCAUGGUCGUAUCGAUGCAUGCGAUUAUGUCGGGAAAAACAAACGUCUCAUGGUACUGAUGAUGAUAUUGCUCAUGAAUGUUUUGGAGUACCAACCUUGCAAGUGCGUGCCCUCUUGGUAG